AAGCAUCACAGAAUCCACACAGGGAAGAGGCCCUAUGAAUGCAGUGAGUGUAGAAAAACCUUCAGUCGCAGUUCGCACCUUAUUAGGCAUCAAAGAAUCCACACAGGGGAGAGGCCCCAUAAAUGCAGUGAGUGUGGGGAAAAAUUCAGUCGCAGUUCACACCUUAUUAGGCAUCGGAGAAUCCACACAGGGAAGAGGUCCUAUGAAUGCAGUGACUGCGGGAAAACCUUCAGUCGCAGUUCACACCUUAUUAGGCAUCGGAGAAUCCACACAGGGAAGAGGUCCUAUGAAUGCAGUGAGUGUGGGAAAAGCUUCACUAGCAGAUCAGGCCUUUAUCAACAUCAGAGAAUCCACACAGGGGAGAGGCCCUACGAAUGCAGUGAGUGUGGGAAAAGCUUCACUAGCAGAUCAGGCCUUACUGGGCAUCAGAGAAUCCACACAGGGGAGAGGCCCUAUGAAUGCAGUGAGUGUGGGAAAACCUUCAAUCGCAGGUCAAACCUUCUUACCCAUCAGAGAAUCCACACAGGGGAGAGGCCCUAUGAAUGCUGUGAGUGUAGAAAAUGCUUCACUGACAGCUCAGCCCUUUCUCAACAUCAGAGAAUCCACACAGGGGAGAGGCCCUAUGAAUGCAGUGAGUGUGGGGAAACCUUCAAUCGCAGCUCAGUCCUUAUUAGACAUCGGAGAAUCCACACAGGGAAGAGGCCCUAUGAAUGCAGUGAGUGUGGAAAAGCUUUCAGUCGCAGUUCACACCUUAUUAGGCAUCAGCGAAUCCACACAGGGGAGAGGCCCUAUGAAUGCAGUGAGUGUGGGAAAAGCUUCACUAGCAGCUCAGGCCUUUCUGAACAUCAGAAAAUUCACACCGGGAAGAGGCCCUAUGAAUGCACUGAGUGUGGAAAAUGCUUCCCUAGCAGCUCAGGCCUUUCUCAACAUGAGAGAAUUCACACAGGGGAGAGGCCCUAUGAAUGCAGUGAGUGUGGAAAAUGCUUCACUAGCAGCUCAGGCCUUUCUAAACAUCAGAGAAUCCACACAGGGGAGAGGCCCUAUGAAUGCAGUGAGUGUGGGAAAAACUUCACUAGCAGCUCAAACCUUCUUACCCAUCAGAGAAUCCACACAGGGGAGAGGCCCUAUGAAUGCAGUGAGUGUGGAAAAUGCUUCACUGACAGCUCAGCCCUUUCUCAACAUCAGAUAAUCCACAGAGGGGAGAGACCCUAUGAAUGCAGUGAGUGUGGGAAAACCUUCAGUCGCAGUUCACACCUUAUUAGGCAUCAGAGAAUCCACACAGGGAAGAGGCCCUAUGAAUGCAGUGAGUGUGGAAAAUGCUUCACUAGCAGCUCAGUCCUUUCUCAACAUCAGAGAAUCCACACAGGGGAGAGGCCCUAUGAAUGCAGUGAGUGUGGAAAAUGCUUCACUAGCAGCUCAGGCCUUUCUCAACAUCAGAGAAUCCACACACGGGAGAGGCCCUAUGAAUGCAGUGAGUGUGGAAAAUGCUUCCCUGACAGCUCAGCCCUUUCUCAACAUCAGAGAAUCCACACAGGGGAAAGGCCCUAUGAAUGCAGUGAAUGUGGGGGAAAAUUCAAUCGCAGCUCAGACCUUAUUAGACAUCAGAGAAUCCACACAGGGAAGAGGCCCUAUGAAUGCAGUGAGUGUGGGAAAACCUUCAAUCGCAGCUCAAACCUUCUUACCCAUCAGAGAAUCCACACAGGGGAGAGGCCCUAUGAAUGCAGUGAGUGUGGGAAAACCUUCAGUCGCAGUUCACACCUUAUUAGGCAUCAGAGAAUCCACACAGGGGGGAGGCCCUAUGAAUGCAGUGAAUGUGGGGGAAAUUUCAAUCGCAGCUCAGACCUUAUUAGACAUCAGAGAAUCCACACAGGGAAGAGGCCCUAUGAAUGCAGUGAGUGUGGGAAAACCUUCAAUCGCAGCUCAAACCUUCUUACCCAUCAGAGAAUCCACACAGGGGAGAGGCCCUAUGAAUGCCGUGAGUGUGGAAAAUGCUUCACUGACAGCUCAGUCCUUUCUCAACAUCAGAGAAUCCACACAGGGGAGAGGCCCUAUGAAUGCAGUGAGUGUGGAAAAUGCUUCACUAGCAGCUCAGGCCUUUCUCAACAUCAGAGAAUCCACACACGGGAGAGGCCCUAUGAAUGCAGUGAGUGUGGAAAAUGCUUCACUGACAGCUCAGCCCUUUCUCAACAUCAGAGAAUCCACACAGGGGAGAGGCCCUAUGAAUGCAGUGAAUGUGGGGGAAAAUUCAAUCGCAGCUCAGACCUUAUUAGACAUCAGAGAAUCCACACAGGGAAGAGGCCCUAUGAAUGCAGUGAGUGCAGGAAAACCUUCUCCUCCUACUUCGCCAAUGUCAGACUCUGA